CCCCAUCCGCAGAACUGAAGGCCAACCUUCGUGAUCCCUCCCUGCGGGCCCGGGCAUCAGACGUGGCCCGCCCCCGGCAGGGCACCGCGCGCCGGGCGACCGCGAUCCGGAGCGGGCCCGGAGGGGGCGGUGCGCGGCGCGCCGGGGCGCACCGGCGGACGGAGCCAGGGCCCCGCUCCCCAUUGGCCGCCACCUCGGGUGGGGCGGCCUCCGGCUCGUGGAACCUGGCGUCGCCCCUCCGCGGGGAAAUCGGCGGCUGCCCGGCAUGGGCGCCGGGCGGUAAAGGCAUCCGGAGGGAAGGCCCGGGGCCGCGGCAGAGCUCCGUGCGGUCGGCCCGGUCCUGCUCGCCGCCUCCUCGCCUGCGACGCUCGGAUGCCCCCAACUCCUGCCGCUCCGGCCGCGCCAGCAGGAAACUUUGCCCCGCAAAGUCCCCCGCCUGCCUGACCGCGCUGUACGGCGCCUCGUCGGCCGCGUGCCCUCCGGGGCCCCGGAACCCGGCGCGUGAUUGCCCCGCCGCCCCGUACCCUGCGCCCGCGGCGCCCCGCCGCCAGGAUGCGCUACGCGGACCCCUCGGCCAAUCGCGAUUUGUUGGGGAACCGAACUUUGCUCUUCAUCUUCAUCUGCGCCUUCGCCUUGGUGACCUUGCUGCAACAGAUCCUCUAUGGCAGGAACUACAUCAAGAGGUACUUUGACUUUUACGAGGGGCCUUUUGAAUACAACUCCACAAGAUGCCUGGAGCUGAGGCACGAAAUCCUGGAAGUGAAGGUGCUGUCCAUGGUGAAGCAGUCGGAGCUGUUCGACAGGUGGAAGAGCCUCCAGAUGUGCAAAUGGGCGAUGAACAUCUCCGAGGCCAACCAAUUCAAGUCCACUCUGUCCAGGUGCUGCAACGCCCCCGCCUUUCUCUUCACCACUCAGAAGAACACUCCCCUGGGGACGAAGCUCAAGUACGAGGUGGACACGAGCGGCAUCUACCACAUCAACCAGGAGAUCUUCCGCAUGUUUCCCAAGGACAUGCCCUACUACCGGUCGCAGUUUAAGAAGUGCGCGGUGGUGGGCAACGGAGGCAUCCUAAAGAACAGCCGCUGCGGGAGGGAGAUCAACAGCGCCGACUUUGUCUUCCGGUGCAACCUGCCCCCCAUCUCAGAGAAGUACACCGUGGAUGUGGGGGUGAAGACGGACGUGGUCACCGUGAACCCCAGCAUCAUCACUGAGAGGUUCCACAAGCUGGAGAAGUGGCGGCGGCCCUUCUACCGCGUGCUGCAGGUGUACGAGAACGCGUCGGUGCUGCUGCCCGCCUUCUACAACACGCGCAACACCGACGUGUCCAUCCGCGUCAAGUACGUGCUGGACGACUUCGAGUCGCCGCAGGCCGUCUACUACUUCCACCCGCAGUACCUGGUCAACGUGUCGCGCUACUGGCUCAGCCUGGGGGUGCGCGCCAAGCGCAUCAGCACCGGCCUCAUCCUGGCCACCGCGGCGCUCGAGCUCUGCGAGGAGGUGCACCUGUUCGGCUUCUGGGCCUUCCCCAUGAACCCCUCGGGCCUCUACAUCACCCACCACUACUACGACAACGUCAAGCCACGCCCCGGCUUCCACGCCAUGCCCUCUGAGAUCUUCACCUUCCUGCACCUGCACAGCCGCGGCAUCCUCCGUGUGCACACGGGCACCUGCAGCUGCUGCUGACACCCGCCAGGCUGCUGGGCAA